GCUGCGUCACCCCGAAUCGCAGUGGUCAUGAUGGGUGUGGUAUUGGGGAGGUCACGUUGCUCAAGGGGAACUACAUGAGCCACGUCUACGCAGGUACAUUUCCUUUCGCUUGUGCGGUGGUCGACCCAUCCACCGCCAUCCACCGAUGAUGAAGUCGAGGUUGAUGGCCUCGCGACUCUAAAGGAAUUGACGACGAUGACCCAAGUGCUGCAUUGGAUCGUUGCACUUCUAAUCGUGGCAUUCGGGUUGUGUUCAGGCACGAAGGCUGAUUGUCCCCAAGGACAAUACAGAGCGAGUUCCGGUUUGUGCUGUCUACUCUGUGAUGCCGGAACCUUCAAGUUUGAAGAUUGCUCAACAGAUGGUGGGUACGCCCUCUGCCUGUCCUGCAGCGAUGGCAAGUACACGGAUGGGGACAACCAAGAACCCCGGUGCUUAACCUGCACAGCCUGCGGCCAACAUGAGGUCAUCGAGCAAGAUUGCAAAGCGACCCAAAAUAGGAAGUGCAUCCGCAAUGCUGGAUUUUACCGACCGGAAAAUGGCAACACCUGCCAGGAGAAAUCAGACGUUGUUUUUGUCAUUGUUGCUGUUACGGCUGGAGUUCUAGCUUCUAUAAUUUUAGUUGGAGUUGCAUCUCUCGCUUAUCGGUGGAAACGCCGACAAAGUGAAGCUGAAGCCAGUGGAGAACAAGGGCCAGAAGAAGCAGUGUCUGAGUCAGAAGUGUCCAUGACAACGGAGCAGUGUAACAACCACAACGAGAUAACUUAUAAACAAUUAGAGCAGGGAGAAGACCAAUAACAACACAAACAAAAAGAG